AUGCCGGUUCCGCACCUCCGCCGUGCGUCCUUGACUAGUGUGUUCUCCUCAUCGCUUCACACUUCACCUCCCCCUCCCCCCAACCCCAAAAACAUAUCUGACCACGCAAAACCAGGCAGAUCAUCGAUCGAGGACUCCCCCGGAAGUGGUGAGGAGGAGAUCGUCGAGCCCGAGCAGGGAAAUGUUCUCUCGCAUAUUAUUUCGCAGCUCCGACCGGGCGCCGACCUGAGUCGGGUCGUCCUGCCCACCUUCAUUCUCGAGCCCCGGUCCAUGCUCGAGCGGAUCACCAACUUCAUGGCACACCCCGAAACCCUCCUUCCCAUGCCUGCGAUUGACGAUCCAGUCGAGCGCUUUGUCUCGGUGAUCAAGUUCUACCUGAGUGGAUGGCACAUUAAGCCCCCAGGCGUGAAGAAGCCGCUGAACCCCAUCCUCGGAGAGACUUUCACCUGCUACUGGGACUACCCUGAUGGAACACGCGGCUAUUAUAUCUCGGAGCAGACCUCGCACCACCCGCCCAAGUCCAGCUACUUCUUCAUGGCCCCCGAGCACAAUAUUCGAAUCGAUGGCACUCUCAAGCCCCGCAGCAAGUUUUUGGGCAACUCUGCCGCCAGUUUGAUGGAGGGCAUCGCGAUUCUGCGACUGCUGAACCGCGGUCAGGAUGAAGAGAAGGGCGAACGAUAUAUUUUGACGCAACCCAAUAUGUAUGCUCGCGGUAUCCUGUUCGGAAAGAUGAAGUAUGAGCUCGGCGACCACAGCUAUGUGCGAUGCCCGGAGAGCAACCUCGUGGCCGAUAUUGAGUUCAAGACCAAGGGUUACUUCUCGGGUACAUAUAACGCCAUCGGGGGUACCAUCAAGAACGAGAAGACCGGCGAGGUGUUAUAUGAACUGUCAGGCUUGUGGAAUGGCGAGAUGUACAUCAAGAAUGUCCAUACCCACCGAAAAGAAGUCUUGUUCGAUGCUACACACGCAAAGCACUCGAAGCCCCUGGCACGCCCAGUUGAGGAGCAAGCAGAGCGGGAAUCACAACGGUUAUGGGAACCCACGGUCAAGGCUAUCAUCGCACGGAACCACGAAGCCGCCACGGACGAAAAGACCAAGAUUGAAGAUCGUCAGCGAGACGAGGCGGCCAAGCGUGCAGAUGAUGGUGUAGAUUGGCGGCCCCGGCUAUUCCGUGCCGUACAGGGCGGCCCUGGGGGCCAGGAUGAGGGCGAGGAAGACCUCGACUGGAUCCUCAACACCCAAAUUGAUUCGCACGACCCUGAGAAGGCCACUAAACAGAUCCUGGCUAUUGCGCCCAUCGUCGCAGGCCAGAAAGAGUGCAGUCAAUUCCAGAUCCCCCCGCACGAUUCAAAGCAGUCCAACUCCGCGGAACAGCCGCUGCCCCAGCAGGACACGACCGCUUCUACCUCGGUCGCCGGCUCAUCUACCCAAACCCCCACGGACAGCGCGCCAGAGCCCGUAAAGCGCAAGGAUACGCAAACACAAGAUGUGGACGAGUUUGUGGAUGCGGAGGAAAAGCAAUAA